AUGUCAUUCACUAUUACAAAUCUAUCCGUUUCGAAUUCGUAUGAUGAUAAGUCUUCAUUAGCUGUCACUGUAAAUGAUUCAUAUCGUUGGCUUGAAGAUCCUGAUUAUGAUGAAACAGGUAAAAUUGUUUCAGAGCAAACUGUAAUUAGCCAAGGUUAUUUAAAUAAAAUUCCUUAUCGUACAAAAUUCUUUGGACAUCUUAAAGAAGAAUUUGAUAUUCCAAAACUCUCUUGUCCAUCAAAACAACCGAAUGAAAAAUAUUAUUAUUUUAUGAAUACAGGUCUACAAAAUCAAGAUGUCUAUUAUGAAUUAGAUUCAUUAUCAAAGUCAACUAGUCAAGCACAAAUUUUAAUUGAUCCAAAUACAUUUUUCUAA